CCGUGGGGGGCGUGGUGAUGCCACAGGUCCCCCUGCGCAGGCUUUGGCUUGAUCUCUGCUGAGGUCCACACGAUAACCCCCACUUUACAGGUGAGAAAACCAACAGUCAUCCAGGGGGCGGGCUGGAAAGGCAGGGCUGGGGCCAGCCACACAGUGCAGGAAGCCCGAUCAGGCUGCAGCCAAUGGAGCAGGGGCUGUCCCAUGCCCCAAGUGGCCCAAGCAGAAAGAGAACACUAGGUGGGAAGGGUCCGCUCACACUCCACCCAACAUCAUACCCAAAUACUAGUGUCCGGUGCCAGGUUUUGCUGCUGUGCCCCAUGUGGUGCCAGCAAAGGCCAGUGACUCUGAAGGACUUGCUUGGGACACAGGCCGAAGAGCGAAGGCUGUCCAUGUGUGUGCACACGUGCAGUGCUCCGGCUGCAUGUGUGGUAUGUAUAUCAUGGAUGUGCAGGUGCCUGCACUGGUGUGUGUCACGCACAUGUGGGUGCACAUGUUGUCCUGAGUGCCAUGCAAUGCAGGCCCUCCACACAGGACAGUGGGGACAGGCAAACCCCAGGCCCCCAGACCACCUCCUGUAAAUGUCCGCCAGGCCCGGCCUGUUGAGAUGCCCAGAACCCCUACUCUAGGGGUGUCACCAGCCUCCUCCCUUCUCUGGGGGCCUGGGGCCUGAUGUGUACCUCCACCCCGGGCAUGGUGUCAGCGAGGCCCCCAGCCAGGGAGGUGGGGCCCCCACACCCAGGGGCCGAGCAGGAAACGCUGCUCCCCGCGCUGCACUUGGUUACGGCCUGUGCACUCUCCUUUGCAUGCGCCCCACCCGCAGGCCCAGCUGUGCGCUGUCCCCACAAGGAGGCACCUGCGUCGAGCCCUGGCUGGUGUGGGCACAGCUAGCCAUGGCGCUCCCGAAGCUCCCAGGCCUUGGGCCCCUGGUGGAGGGGUGGCCCAGGCCCCCAAGUUGCACCGUUCUUAGGUGGGCCGAAAGGCCACAGACCCCACCCUGGGACCCUCUGCACCCUGACCGCAGGGUGGAGGCAAAGCUGUUUGGCUGUCCAUCGUCCUCCCAACACCCACCUCGGGCUGCCCCCUGGGCCUAAGGACGGAGCCACUCCUGACUGCUGACAGUGCCUCCCCAGGGCUGGGGAGAGAAGGUGUCCCGUGCCUUCUCCCCAGGUUACCGGCACCUCCAAGCCCCUCCCACAGGCAGCCAGAGACCCUAGGACGCUCUGGCAGAGAAGUCUCUCCUCCCCUUCGAGAAUGAGUGAGUGCCACGGGGCUUGGGCACAGGCAGGUAACAAGGUCACGGGCAGUGGCUGCUCAGAGCCUGCCUCCCAGGUCACUGUUGGCCGGAGAGCCUGUUGGCAUCGGAGUAACAGUCCGAUGUGGAAGCCUGUGGGCCCAGGAAAGCGAAGAUGUCUCCGGGGGCCCCCAGGCCUAGCAGGUGAGGACAGGCGAGGGUUUUGCUAAGCAAAUUCUCUGUCCCUCCCCGCCCCAACUCGCCAUAACUGGGGCCCCCGCUCGGCUGGCCCACUUGCCAUCCCUGCGCUGAGCUGCCACCUGCCAUGUCAGGCCUGGCUCUCCUGGGCCUCGCGGCUCUCCUGGGCCGCGGGGUGGGGGCUCCCCUGUGUCUGUCCCGGCAGCUCCGGAUGCAGGGGGACUACGUGCUGGGUGGGCUCUUCCCGCUGCGCACUGCAGAGGACACAGACCUCAGCGGCAGGACGCAGCCCAACACCCCUGAGUGCUCCAGGUUCUCAGCGCCCGGCCUGCUGUGGGCACUGGCCGUGAAGAUGGCCGUGGAGGAGAUCAACAAGGGCUCCGCCUUGCUGCCCGGGCUACGCCUGGGGUUCGACCUCUUCGACACGUGCUCAGAGUCAGUGGUCGCCAUGAAGCCCAGCCUCAUGUUCAUGGCCAAGGCGGGCAGCUGUGACGUCGCCGCCUACUGUGACUAUACGCAGUACCAGCCCCGCGUGCUGGCUGUCAUCGGGCCCCACUCCUCCGAGCUCGCCCUCGUCACUGGCAAGUUCUUCGGGUUCUUCCUCAUACCCCAGGUCAGCUACGGCGCCAGCACGGAGCAGCUGAGCAACCGGGAGGUGUUCCCGUCCUUCUUCCGCACCGUGCCCAGCGACCGCGUGCAGGUGGCCGCCAUGGUGGAGCUGCUGCGGGAGUUCAGGUGGAACUGGGUGGCCGCCCUGGGCAGCGACGAUGAGUACGGCCGGCAGGGCCUGAGCCUGUUCUCCAGCCUGGCCAACAUGUGGGGCAUCUGCAUCGCACACGAGGGCCUGGUGCCGCUGUCUCAUGCCACCGUCCCGCAGGUGGACGCCACGCAAGGGCUGCUGCAGCGGGUGAACCAGAGCAGCGUGCAGGUGGUGGUCCUGUUCGCCUCCGCCCGCGCCGCGCGCACCCUCUUUAGCUACAGCAUCCGCUGUGGGCUCUCGCCCAAGGUGUGGGUGGCCAGCGAGGCCUGGCUGACCUCUGACCUGGUCAUGACGCUGCCCGGCAUGGCCCAGAUGGGCACCGUGCUUGGCUUCCUGCAGCGCGGAGCCCCGAUGCCAGAGUUCUCGUCCUAUGUGCGGACCUGCCUGGCCCUGGCCGCCGACCCUGCCCACUGCGCCUCGCUCGAGGCGGAGCAGCCGGGCCUGGAGGAGCAGGUGGUGGGGCCGCGCUGCCCCCAGUGCGACCACAUCACGCCGGAGAACGUGUCCGCCGACCUGCCGCACCACCAGGCCUUCGCGGCCUACGCCGCUGUGUACAGCGUGGCCCAGGCCCUGCACAACACGCUGCUCUGCAACGCCUCGGGCUGCCCCUCACAGGAGCGCGUGCGGCCGUGGCAGCUCCUGGAGAACAUGUACAACAUGACCUUCCGCCCGCACGGCCUGGCGAUGCGCUUCGACGCCAGCGGGAACGUGGAAAUGGGCUACGACCUGAAGCUGUGGGUGUGGCAGGACCAGAAGCCCCUGGCCCGCACGGUCGGGUCCUUCGACGGCAGCCUGCAGCUGCAGCGCUCCCGGAUACUCUGGCACACGCCGAGCAGCGAGGAGCCUGUGUCCCAAUGCUCACGGCAGUGCGAGGAGGGCCAGGUGCGCCGGGCAAAGGGCUUCCACUCCUGCUGCUACGACUGCGUGGACUGCAAGGCAGGCAGCUACAAGAGCAGCUCAGAUGACCUCACCUGCACCCAGUGUGACGAGGACAAGUGGUCCCCAGACCGGAGCCUGCGCUGCUUCCCCCGCAAGCUCAAGUUCCUGGCGUGGGGGGAGCCGGCCGUACUGCUGCUGCUCUUGCUGCUAGGCCUGGCUCUGGGCCUGGCGCUGGCAGCCCUGGCGCUGUUUGUCCAGCACCGGGACAGCCCGCUGGUUCUGGCCUCGGGCGGGCCACGGGCCUUCUUCAGCCUGGCCUGCCUGAGCGUGGCCUGCGCCAGCGUCCUCCUGUUCCCCGGCCGGCCCAGCCUCGCCAGCUGCCUGGCCCAGCAGCCACUGCUCCACCUCCCGCUCACCGGCUGCCUGAGCACGCUCGUCCUGCAGGCGGUGGAUAUCUUCAUGGAGUCGCAGCUACCACUGAGCUGGGCGGAUCGGCUGCGCGGCCACCUGCAGGGGCCCCGGGCCUGGCUGGUGGUGCUGCUUGCUAUGCUGGCGGAGGCGGCACUGUGCACUUGGUACCUGGUAGGCUUCCCGCCAGAGGUGGUGACAGACUGGCGGGUGCUGCCCACAGAGGUGUUGGUGUCCUGCUACGUGCAGUCCUGGGUCAGCUUCGGCCUGGUACACAUCACCAACGCCAUGCUGGCCUCCCUCUGCUUCCUGGGCACCUUCCUGGUACAGAGCCAGCCCGGCCGCUACAACAGCGCCCGCGGCCUCACCUUCGCCAUGCUGGCCUACUUCAUCACCUGGAUCUCUUUCGUGCCCCUCUUUGCCAACACGCACGUGGCCUACCGGCCUGCCGUGCAGAUGGGCGCCAACCUCCUCUGUGUCCUGGGCAUCCUGGCCACCGUCUACCUGCCUAAGUGCUUCCUGCUGCUGUGGCAGCCAGAGCGUAACACCCCCGAGUUCUUCCUGGGAGGGCGUCCUGGCGAUACCAGGGGGCGAGGGGGCAGCAGAGGAGGGGACGAGACUCAGGGCAAAAAUGAGUGACCCCUGAACAGGUGACCCGGUUGAGAUGACCCCAAACCAGGUUCCUCUGCAGUGACCUGCAGACUUGGCCCGACUCUGCUGGAGAACCCGCACCUCUAGAUUCUAACCUCAGGCUGACUGCUGACCUUGACCCGACAAUGACCCUAGGCCUGCAGUGUGCGUGAGGGGGCUCAGCCCUGAGAUCUCCCACCUGGGCCCCCAGAGUUGGGCUCUGCCUCUCCUGGCCAAGGCCUGCCCAGCCCCCGCCAAGAGCUCAGUAAAGCCCUAGCCAGGCCACACUGGUUGUCACUCGCCUAGCUGGGCCAAGCCUGUGCACCCUCCAGUCAUCACUGAAGUGGGGGGCUGGUGAGUGGGUUAGAGCUGUUCUGACCGUGGGCCUCAGUGCAGGACACAGGCCCACUUGGGGAAGGGGGCAUCCGGCCCCCUCCUUUCCCUAGCCCGACCUGAGCCAGUGGAACGGGGUCAUUGCACCCCCAGCACCGUGGACAGAGCCCAGGAAGGUUGGUGGGGCAGUACCACGGCCAGCGCCAACCACAAGGACCCCUGGAGCCAGAAGCCAGCACCACGGACAGACUUCUUGCCAGGACCUUGCCGGCACAGGAGUCAGAG